UCACAUUUAAUGAAAGAGAGGUUUAAACACAACGGGAUCUCAAAACAUGUCUGGAAAUAUCACGCACGAAGCAUGCGAGAGAAUCAACCUGAACUUUACGCACGCCUUCCUACCGGCUGGGUUUAUCACUGUGUUCGUUGUCGGGACGCUGUCCAACAUCUGGGGACUCAGGAGUGUGUACACCAGCUGGAACAAAAUUGGAAGCAUUAACAUCUUCAUGUUCAACCUGGGGGUUGCGGACCUGCUGUACCUGUUCACCCUGCCGUUUCUCGUGCACUAUUACGCAAGAAACAGCAUCUGGCAGUUCGGCCAGACUUUUUGCAAAGUGACCCGCUUCUGCUUCAACCUCAACCUGUACGGCAGCAUCGGCUUCCUCACCUGCAUCAGCAUCUACAGGUACUUGGGCAUUGUGCACCCCAUGAGGGUGAUGGGGAAAAUCACCAGCUGCCACUCGCUGGCCAUAAGCGCCCUGGUCUGGCUUCUCGUCAUUAUCCAGAUCAUCCCUGAUAUGUUCUUCGACAAGAAUGAUCACAAAUCCCCUAACUCGUGCUACGACACCACCUCAGACGAGCGGAUCCGAGGAUACCUGCCGUACAGCAUCGGCUGGGCCGUCACAGGGUUUGCCAUACCGUUGCUUAUCAUUUUGCUGUGUUAUGGACACAUCGUUGUGGUUCUUGCCCGAAAAACCAACGUAAACUCUCUGUUGAAGCAGCGGUGUUUGAAACUGGUCGUGAUUCUCGUGAUACUGUUCUCCGUCUGUUUCAUCCCCUACCACGUCUUUCGAAAUGUUAACCUAAAAACCAGGAUUUUGAAACAAAGUGGGAUUUGUCACCCCAGUUUUGACGACAUCUACAUUGCGCAUCAGGUCGGUCGAUUCCUCGCUUGUCUAAACAGCGCAAUAAACCCGCUGAUUUAUAUCGUUGGGAAUGAUGAUUUCCUUAUAAAGCUUCAGGACCUCAACAAGCGGGCCCGAAUGUCUCUGGCAGGCCUGACAGGCGCAGUCCUCUAUCGCAGACCGAUUGACGCGGACGGGGAUUCACCGUCAGACACUCGCGCUAACUCCGACCAGAUGAACGGAUGAGACACACAAAUGUUUCACCCGACAUACAGUUCUGUCCCUGCGUAUCAUGCAACACCAGAACGUCCACAUUUCCUGGAACAAAGUACAGCCUACAAUAAUGACCGAUGAUUUGCAAGAUAAUAACUCAAUUAUCUAGCAGAGCUAUAGUCAUAAGGUCACCAAGUUGUCUACGCAUAGAGAAAAUCAGAUGUCCUGCUGCAGGAUUUCCUUUGUUUCUGCUGCACAUUAUUACAAAAGACAAAACUUGUUAUUUCCAGCUGAAGCUUAUGUUAGCAUGAUCACGAUUGUGCCAAGGUGCUGUCCAUGUUUUUGUGUGUUACCGUUAUUGUAUGCUUAAUAAUAAGAUCUGUCCUGUGAUUGCUUUUCUACUUUACAGUGCAAGAAAAGUCCAUGUAUUGUGCCUGAGCACUGCCAGGCCAUAACCUAUAUAGCACUACCUUGCACUGUUGCUGCUGAAGCAUGGUUUCUGUUGCCGACGUUUAACAUAGAUUCAAUCCUUAAAGGCUUUUGAAGAGAGGCAUUUCUUAACUUUCAGAGUUGCCAUUCCACAGCUCUUAUUUUGCACAUUAGUUUAGUGGAAAUUGGCAUAAGUUCAACAAAGAACUGUGAGAGUGAUGUACAGUUAGUGAUGGGAUCGCCAGUCACAAAGUGGAAGAAAUACUCAAAACCUCAAAUUUGCUGUAAAAAGUUGUGUAUGUUUAAAUGUGUA